UAACAAAAAUAUAAAAACUAUAUAUCCGUUUGUAGAAGCUCUCAACUUCAGUGCUUCAAUGGUGGUUCUUUAAGUUCGUGUUCUCAGUUACAGACGUGAUCGAGAUUCUCGAGAGAAGAAACGGCGUGCAUGACUAGAAAAAAAAACUCAUAAAGUUGGAGUCUCUCAUCUUCAUCUUCUUCACAAAGAACACCAGCAAUGGAAGCUUGGACUGUUUCUCUAUGGUUCUUCUCUCUCUAUCUAAUCAUCUCCGGAGCAAACGCAGAUCCAGUACAAGACAAACGCGCGUUACUCGAGUUCCUAACCAUCACGCGCCCCGCACGCACACUCAACUGGAACGAGACCACUCCCCUCUGCCAAAACUGGACAGGAGUCACUUGCAACCACGACGAAUCUCGAAUCAUAGCCGUUAGAUUACCAGCGAUCGGACUCAACGGCCAGAUUCCACCCAACACCAUAAGCAGACUCUCCGCCCUCAGAGUCCUGAGCCUCAGAUCCAACAGACUAUCAGGCCCAUUCCCUUUGGGCUUCUCCGAGCUCAAAGACUUAGCCUUUCUCUACCUCGAGGACAACGAUUUCUCCGGCCCGUUGCCUCUGGACUUCUCCGUCUGGAAGAAGCUCGUCGGUUUGAAUCUCUCCAAUAACAGAUUCAACGGAACGGUUCCGCUCUCUCUCUCCGGUUUGAAACGGUUACAGUCGUUGAACCUCGCUAACAACUCCCUUUCCGGUGUCGUUCCUGAUGAUCUGAGCGUCCUCUCGAGUCUGAAAGAGAUUGAUCUGUCUAACAAUAAUCUCCAUGGGCCGUUACCGGGCUGGCUGCUAAGAUUCCCACCGUCUUCUUACCAAGGCAUUGUUGGUGACGUCACUAACUUUCAACCGCCUCCUGAACCAACUCGAAUGAAGCCUAAAGGAGUCACAAAGACGGUCUUCCUCCUCGUCGUUAUCUCUGUUUCAAUCGUACUACUCGCGGUUUCAGCGUUUGCGUUUGCUCUUUGUUACUUGAGGCGCAAGUUAAGGGUUGUUAAGGACCAUAAGAUUCAGGAGAAAGGCGGUAUGUCUCCUGAAAAAUUCGAUUCGAGGAUGGAGGAGGCUAACAACAGGCUGUCGUUCUUCGAAGGAUGCAGCUACUCGUUCGAUCUCGAGGAUCUGCUGAGAGCUUCCGCGGAGAUUCUCGGGAAAGGCACGUUCGGGACGACGUACAAGGCGGUUCUCGAGGACGCGACUUCCGUCGCUGUGAAACGUCUCAAGGACGUCGCGGCUGGGAAACGCGAUUUCGAGCAGCAGAUGGAGAUCGUCGGAGGGAUUAAGCACGAGAACGUCGUGGAGCUUAAGGCUUAUUAUUACUCCAAGGACGAGAAGCUUAUGGUUUAUGACUAUCUCAGCGAUGGGAGUGUUGCUUCUUUGCUUCACGGUAACCGAGGGGAGAACCGGGUUCCGUUGGAUUGGGAAACGAGGAUGAAGAUCGCGAUUGGCGCAGCGAAAGGGAUCGCUAGAAUCCACAGAGAGAACAAUGGAAAGCUCGUACAUGGCAACGUCAAGUCUUCGAAUAUAUUCUUGAACGCAGAGCGUAACGGCUGCGUGUCUGAUCUUGGUUUGACAGCUGUGAUGAGCGCCUUGGCCCCACCUAUCUCUAGGCAAGCUGGUUACCGUGCGCCCGAAGUAACAGACACAAGGAAGUCUUCUCAGUUAUCAGAUGUUUACAGCUUCGGCGUCGUUUUGCUCGAACUGCUCACGGGAAAAUCGCCGAUUCACACUACCGCAGGAGAUGAGAUUAUACAUUUGGUUCGGUGGGUACAUUCUGUUGUGAGAGAGGAAUGGACUGCGGAGGUGUUCGACGUGGAGCUUCUGAGGUAUACAAACAUAGAGGAAGAGAUGGUUGAGAUGUUGCAGAUUGCUCUGUCGUGUGUUGUCAAAGCACCCGACCAGAGACCGAAGAUGUCUGAUUUGGUUAGGCUUAUGGAGGGUGUCGGAAACCGACGAGCCAGUCUUGAGACUAAACCAGAGAAGAAAGCCGCCGAGACUUCCACGCCGAGUGAAACUUGAUGACUUACAGAAAAUUAAGAAACUGUUGAUUUAUAGUUAAUAUAUGAAGUUUGUAUAAUCUCUUCUGCUCAUCCUCUCUUCUUCGGUUAGAACCGGUUUAGUCAAACACCCAUUUCUGGUUAAAGAUUCCUGGUUUUGCAAAAUUCAGUGUAUGGAAUAGAUUUGGAAUGAAGGAAAAUAGAAAAAGAAACAUCUCAAGUUUUAUAGAUGAUCAGAAACGCUUCUCAAACU